AUGCCCCUGAGGGCGCUCAACGAUGAAUCAGAAAAGCCUCCAGAUGAAGAAGAUUACAUGUCCGGCUUCAAGCUGUGGCUCAUGCUCGCCUCUUUGAUCUUCAGCAUCUUCCUCAUCGCCCUAGACAUGACCAUUGUCGCAACCUCCAUCCCCGCCAUCACCAACGAGUUCAACGGCCUCGGAGACCAAGCCUGGUACAGCGCAAUCUAUCUCAUGACGUCCGGUGGCUUCCAGUCCACAUGGGGAAAGAUGUAUCAGUACUUCCCUCUCAAGAUCAGCUUCCUCAGCGCAAUGGCCGUCUUUGAGAUUGGCAGCCUCAUCUGCGGCGUGGCCCCUUCGUCUGUGAUUUUCAUCAUUGGACGCACGAUUGCUGGUGUAGGCGCCGCGGGCGUCAGUUCAGGAGCUUACACGAUAUGUGCUUACAUCUCUGAGCCCAGGAAGAGGGCGGUGCACACGGGGAUACUGGGUGCUGUGUUUGGGGUUGGGAGUAUCCUGGGUCCUUUGCUCGGCGGUGUCUUUUCCGAGGAGUCCACAUGGAGAUGGUGUUUCUACAUCAACCUCCCCAUUGGUGUCCUCCCUAUCGUAUCAACAGUCUUCUUUCUCAGCACGCCCAAGGCCGCAAAACCUCGAGAAGCACCAAUUAAAGAAAAACUUCUACAGCUGGACCCCCUGGGAACAGCCGUGCUCAUGGGAGCCAUCAUCACCUACCUCAUGGCCGUCCACUACGGCGGCCAGAUCGACCCCUGGAACUCUGCACGCGUCAUUGGCCUUCUCGUAGCCUCCGUCGUCUUGUUCAUCGUCUUUGCCUUGAUUGAGCGCUGGCAGGACGAAAGAGCCAUGAUCAUCCCGCGGCUGUUUGCCAAGCGCGACAUCUACGUCCCGCUCUUCUACACCGUCUUCCAGGGUGGUGCGCUUUUCGCCAUGGUGUAUUACCUUCCGCUGUACUUCCAGGCCAUUCGCGGUACCGAUGCAGUCAUCUCGGCUGUCCACAACUUGCCGUUUAUCAUUGCGGCCAUGCUCUCGGCUCUUGGCGCCGGCAUCUUCAUCUCCAACACGGGCCUGGCCACCCCUGUGAUGAUAGGGGGCUCGGCCAUCGCCACGGUUGGAUGUGGUCUCUGUCACUUGUUCGACUUGGAUACAGAGACAGGAGUCUGGAUAGGGAUUCAGAUCGUCGUCGGCCUCGGCCUUGGCUGCGCAUUUCAAGUCCCCAUCAUGGUUGGCCAAGUCAGCGUCGACGUCGCCGAUAUUCCAGCCGUCACAGCCAUGAUUCUAUGCUUCCAGACGGUGGGGGGUGCCAUCUGGGUGUCUGCGUCGCAGUCCAUCUUUGUCAACAGGAUGUUGAUCGCGGUCCCGCAUUUUGCACCAGGGGUUGAUCCCACUCAAGUCGUGAGCACCGGCGCAGGAGAGCUGCGAGAGGUGUUUGGAUCCGAGCAAAUUGUGGGCGUCCUCACGGCGUAUCUCACCGGUAUCAGAGCAGCGUAUAUGCUCUCUUGCGCUGUCGUCGGAGCGUCUCUGCUGGUGGGGGUGUUUCUGCCUUGGAAGAGGCUGGACACGGAUGCUUUGAAGGAGGCUGGAGGGGCUGCAGCAUAA